UACUGCACCGGAGGGGAAAGACAGGGAGACGGAGAGGAUUCGGCUCUCGCGCACGCAGCGAUCAAACCGCGGAGGCCUUUGGACCGGAUUCACUUGGUUUCCUUUAGCAAAUCACAGCGACUUUAACUUUAAUUCGAACUUCAGCGCCGUUUCUCGGCUCCUGUGAGGGGGAAAGUCGGUGCGUGUGCACACUGUCGGGAUAGUCACGCGCCGGGACGGGAAACUUUACCUCUUCACUCCUUCUUCCAUUUCAGCCGCAUCUCUCUGCCCUCACCUUCAUGCUCUGACAUCUUCCUCCUUCACGUGAAGGUAAACAGAACACAUCUGAGAAGUGUGUGUGUGCGUGUGUGUGUUUGCUGUGUAAACCAGAGUGUAUGGUGAUGGCGCAGUCCCGCUAACGGACCGUCUGCAACGGACAUUUAACAGAUAAAAACAAACGUGAACGCAAACAAACACUCUAGAAGUGUAGUAAGUGUUCGUGAGCCGGGAAAAGCGCGUGACUGCGUGUUUGUGCGCGUGAGUUGGACUGUUAUGGAGGCUCGGUUCGGUUUAGGCGGAGUUUUUGACUCUCCGUUUCGAAUGGACCUUCCGCAUGGCGCGCGAGACACCGGAGCGGCGGGAGAAGUUGUUUCGCUGGCGGAGAUGUGGGACGGAGAGUGGAGAGACGCGCGCGAGAUUAACACCACCACCGGAGGAGGAGGUGGAGAUGGAGGGGGAGGAGGAGGAGGAGGAGGGAGGACAGCGCGCUCCGUUACGGCGCGGGACGGAAGAGAGACCUCGAGUUGCACGGAGGCCCGCGCCGCCGCCACCACGCUGAGUGAGCUGCUCUGUCCAGACACCGGAUACAAGAACAACAACAACAUCGACAACCACAACACUGCCCCGAGAACACGCGGCAGCGCGCGCGAGCUGACAGCCAGCCGUGGUGACACGAGCGCCGUCUCGAGCCGCUGCUGCAGUAGCACCGACACGACAACCACCACCGCCACCACGACCAUCUCGGAGACGGCGCGCGAGCUGUGCAAAGCCGUGUCCGUGUCGCUGGGGCUGGCCAUGGACCCGCACGCGCACCACGAGGGGAACAGGAGCGCAGACUUUUUCGAAGUGCGCCGGAGGAAGGAGGAGGAAGAGGAGCGGGUGCACGCGCGAAGCGAUGACAGGAACAGAAGGAGCAGCAGUAGCAGCGCGAGCGCAGGUGCAGGAGGCGCCGCAGCAGGACGUGAGGGACGCGCGCCGCACGUGCACGGCGACAACAACAAACUACUUGAGAUGUUCAAAAGUGGCGACGAGGAGGACAUGAUGAUGAUGAUGCAGAUGGACAACGCUCGCGCACAUCACCAGACGGGGGUUAUAACGGAGAAUUCGGAAUUCGGACCGGGCGUCGCGAGCCUGAUGCGUGCCAAAAGCGCGAGCGCAGCGGCGGGUUCUUCUUCUUCCUCUUCUUCGUCCUGCCAGUUCCAGCAGCAACACCAACAACACGACCCGCAGGUAAACUUCGAGCUCGCGCAGUCCGUGCACGACAGGUACGGUGAUGAUUACUACUACUACUGGCCGCGCUACAACAACGUGCGCGUGAAGUACGAGACCGUACCGCCGCCCGUGACUCGCUAUGGUCACGGCGCUGCGCAGUACGGGAAUCCCGCGUGCACCGGCUCCUCGGCAGGACUGGACCCACCGCUCAUCUGCAGCCCCUACGAGUACGACUACGGCGCGCGGUCCGGACCAGGACCGUCUAUCAGCACCGCGCACGAGCCAUGGUACCACCAGAGCGGCGCCGUGUUACCCCGCGUGUCUUACCCAACCGCCACGUGCAUGAAGAACGAAGUCGGGGAAUGGCUGGAUGUGAGCACAAUGCAGGACUGCAGGUUAGAGAGUGCGAGGGAGGUGUUCCCCAUGGAGUUUUUCUUCCCUCCCCAGCGCACCUGUCUGAUCUGCUCUGAUGAAGCGUCCGGCUGUCAUUACGGAGCUCUGACCUGCGGCAGCUGCAAAGUGUUUUUCAAACGAGCGGCGGAAGGUAAACAGAAGUAUCUGUGUGCGAGCAGGAACGACUGCACCAUCGAUAAGCUAAGGAGGAAGAACUGUCCAUCCUGCCGUCUGAAGAAGUGCUUUGAGGCUGGAAUGACUCUUGGAGCUCGUAAACUGAAGAAGAUUGGCCAGCUGAAGGUUCCAGAAGAGGAGGGUUCGGUUCUAUCGAUGGUGUCCGGUUCCGGUUCAGUUGAGCUGAUCCAGAAUCAGUCACCUAAACCGGGUCUGACGUUCCACUCACAGCUCGUCUUCCUCAGCAUCCUGGAGUCCAUCGAGCCUGAAGUGGUGAAUGCGGGGCAUGACCACGCCCAGCCCGACUCUGCCGCCGCACUCCUGACCAGCCUUAACGAGCUUGGAGAGAGGCAACUCGUUAAGGUGGUCAAAUGGGCCAAAGGACUGCCAGGAUUCCGUAACCUGCACGUGGACGAUCAGAUGACGAUGAUUCAGCAUGCCUGGAUGGCCGUGAUGGUCUUCGCUCUCGGGUGGAGAUCGUACAAGAACGUCAACGCUCGCAUGCUCUACUUUGCUCCUGACCUGGUCUUCAACGAUCAGAGGAUGCACAUCUCCAGUAUGUAUGAACACUGUCUGCAGAUGCAACACCUGUCGCAGGAGUUCGUCUUGCUGCAGGUCACACAGGAGGAGUUUCUCUGCAUGAAGGCCCUCCUCCUCUUCAGCAUCAUUCCUGUGGAGGGAUUGAAGAGUCAGAAGUACUUUGAUGAGUUGAGGUUGUCGUACAUAAAUGAACUCGAUCGUCUGAUUAAUUACGGCAGGAAGAGUAACUGUACACAGCGCUUCUAUCAACUGACCAGACUAAUGGACUCACUGCAGCCGAUUGUCCGGAAGCUUCAUCAGUUCACCUUUGACCUUUUCGUUCAGACUCAGUCUCUGCCCACGAAGGUCAGCUUCCCGGAGAUGAUCGCUGAAAUCAUCUCAGUGCAGGUACCAAAGAUCCUCGCUGGCCUGGCCAAGCCCAUCCUGUUCCACAAGACUGUGACUCCGCCCCCUCCAGCACCCAGGCUGGCCACGCCCAAACAGCCAGACCUGGCAUAAUCUCAUAUGAUCCAGUCUGAACCGGUUCCUCCAACUUAAUGCUUUUUUUUGUUGUUAAGUUUCAGCAGGGAGACUUAAACAUCCUCAUUUUUACCUUUUCUCUCUCUCUCUCUCUCUCUCUCUCUCUGUGUCUCUCUCUCUCUCUGUCUUUUUCUUUCUUCUACUGAAAGUGUCUGUAAAAUCUGCAGUGGACCAUUACAUCAUUACUCCGGUCUAUCUUCUGCUCAAAGAUAAUUUCAGAUCAUUUUCUCACGCCGGCAAUGUCGUCUCUCUCUCUCUCUCUCUCUCUCUCUCUCUCUCUUGUUCUUUUUUCUCCAGCAUUUAUUCCUGAAGAGUCUGAAGAGCUACGCUGUGUUACCUGAUGGACAGGUUUAUAAAAAAAAAAAAAAGAAGAAGAAGGAGAAGAAGAAAAGGGAGAAAAAAAGCCUUUUAGUUUUAUCUGAGCCCUGAAAAAGACAAAGUGUGCACUAGAAAGUUUCCCUAAGAGAAGCACUGGUCUGUUUACUUCACACACGACUCUAUGCAUUUGGGGGAAAAUAGAAAAUAAUAAUAAUAUAAAAGGUCUAAUAUAAACUGCCAUACGCUUGCACCUUUUAAAAAACCAACGAAAAAUAAAACGCUGCUUUUUUUGCCAGUUUAUAACCAACCAAAACGACGACAAUCGAAAUGUGUUCGUUCUUCUGUGCCUCCAGGUUCUCCACUUUCCAACACCACGAGAACAUCUCCGAGUUUCACACGAUCUCACUGCACACGCUCUUGAACCUUCUCCCACUAAAGAACCCCGAAACGUACCUGACGUUCCCUUUAGCACAAAUGUACACCCUCGGUUCCGCCGUCCCACGCUGACAUAGCUGACAGACCGUCCUCCAGCUCAGAUCCUCAGAUCCCGCUCACAAGGGUUCUUCAGGUGCCCACUUCAUGUACAACAGUGUUCUCCUGUCAGAAAGAGCUCUAGAACCCAUGCAGGAGGCUAGGAAGCACUGAAGAACCCUUUUUCUUGGAGGUGCUUCAAAUUUUGAAUGUUCUGUAGUUGGACGAGGUUCUGUGUACAAUUCCUGAAGAACUUUUUCACUUUAAACAGAAAAUUUUGAUUCCAUUGAACAUUCUUCAGUUGUCCCUCAAAAGGAACCUAACAGUACAUACAAAAACAAACCUCCUCCUCCUCCUCCUCUUCAAAAAAAACAAAGGUUCUUUAAUGGUUCUUUGAUGAAUUAGGGGUUCUUAACUUCCAAUCACUGAGCCUUUCUCAUAGGGUUCCACACAGAACCACAGAAGAAGGGUUCUCAAGUUUUUCUAAGGGUUCCUUAAGAGUUCAUUAAUUAGUAAAGGCUUCCUAGCUUCAGAACUGAGGUCUAAAAGGAACCCUUGCUGAAAGGGAAGCACUGUUGUUGGGUUCUAGACAGAACCUUUAAACUUUUUGUGCAAAGGGAUGAACAAAGAAUUCUUCGAGAGUUCCUCUGGAGUUCACUGGAUAAAUAAGGGAUCUUAGUGUUCUAACAGGGUUCUACUGACAGGGAAACAUCCUCCACCUUUUCUACACUAAAACAGUUCUUUAAGGGUUUAGUGAAGAAUUCUGGGACUCUAAACAGAACCCUUGCUGAAAAGGAACCACUUUAGGGUUCUACCUUUAGAACCUUUAGAGGUUCCUGUUGUCAAGGAACAACCAAAGAGCCAUUAAAGAUUAAACCGUUCUAUCAGUGUACAUUUGAGGUGAAGGGGAACAUCGUGUACCUCUAGAUUUAGUUUCAACUGUUUCUUUAAGGUCAGGAUGAGGGGCGGGGCUAUGGGAUGUAAAUGCCACACCCACUGCCCUGGCCCCUGUUAGGUGUCUAUGAUGAUGAGUGUGAACUGAUCCUUUUACAUUUUUACUGAGGAAGUGUCUGUGUGUGUGUGUGUGUGUGUGUGUGUGUGUGUGUG